UAUUGUAAUAAAUACAAAGGAAUAAUAAAUUGCAUAUAUUAAAUAAUUUUGACGAAUUUACAUCGAAAAAAUAAAUAAAAUAUUAAAUAAAUAAUGUCGGAAACGUUGGAACAACAAACAGAAGAACGAGAAGCUUUACAGUCGAUUUAUGAAGGUGAUGAAGCCUUUAAGGAAAUUAACAACAACACAUUUCAAUACAAGUACGGCGAGGAAAAUAAUUACAAAUCAUUUUUGGUAGAGAUACAAUGGGGUGAAAAUUAUCCAAAUGAAUUACCCACCAUAAAUAUGGAUACAUUUUACAACAGAAAUAUUCUUUCACCGGUAAAGCUUGCAAUUCAGGCAGCUUUGAAGGAAGAAGCUGAGCAAUGGCUAGGUUGUGGUAUGACAUACACUCUAUUUGAAUGUUUGAAGGAACGUAUAGAUGAGCUAACAGCAGAACAACCGGAACAUGCAGCCGUUCAAUCUAUAGAUUUAGAUAAGGUAGGUGUAAGUGCAAUACAAAUAUCUGAUAAUGCGGAUACGGGCAAAAAGGAACCGAAAAAAGAACAGCUAACUAAAGCCCAGAAACGAAGACAAUGGGAGAGAGCUGAUCAUAAGGGAGAUCGUCCAAGAGGUUGGGAUUGGGUGGAUCUUGUGAAACAUUUGUCACAGACUGGCUAUAAAGAAGAGAAUACUAAGACUAAUACUCUACUCUUGCAACCAUUAAAUAGCUGAAAACAUUUUUACUUACCAAUAAUUGAAAUUGCUGAGACUCAGUUUACUGCCUCGAACUUUAUGAUAAUUUUUGUUAAUAAACUUUGUUGAGAUCUAAUGGAAUUAAAUUGUUUAACGAGUUUUAGUAAAUUACCAUCAUCAAUUUUGUUGUUGAUCCCCCUAACUAAAA